UGGCGCUGCUCUAAAUGCUCACGCAAGGUUGCCAGUCGGCGGUUCGAGACACAAAUCGUUUACAACCGCCGGAGGAGGGAAUAUGCAGAGAAUAUGCAUAACAAACGCGUACGCAAAACCUGUCGCUCCUCCUUUUCCUUUCUUCCCGAAGUCUCUUCUUCCCGUCAUCAGCCCACAACCGACACCCAAGGCCAAAACCCAAUGAGAUCCUCUUCUCCCUCCACCUCCACCUCCACCUCCACUCCAUCCACAGAGAGCAAGGCAGGCAAUCCCCCCGUCCGUCGAGGUAUGAGGCAGGAGGCCGCCAGCGUGGUGGUCGCCCGCGAAGACCACCAGCAGCACCACCACAGCCGCCCGCCGCCUCCCGAGGAGGAGGACACGGACGCCGUGGCCCCGUCGUCCUGCGCGACGAUCCUGCUGCGCCGGGUGGGCGAGGCGGGGGAAGGCGAGGAGCCGCCGCAGCUGGUCCCGCCGCUCAACUUCGCCAUGGUGGACCACGGCGUGUACCGCUCCGGGUUCCCGGACGCCUCCAACCUGCCCUUCCUCGAGACCCUCCACCUCCGCUCUGUCCUCUGCCUCUGCCCGGAGCCGUACCCGGAGGCCAACCAGGAGUUCCUCCGGGCCCACGGGAUCAGGUUGUUCCAGCUCGGAAUCGACGGCUCCAAGGAGCCCUUUGUGAACAUUCCCGAAGACAGAAUCCGCGAGGCUCUAAAAGUUGUUCUAGACACAAGAAACCACCCGGUGCUUAUUCACUGCAAGCGUGGAAAGCAUCGAACUGGCUGUGUUGUUGGAUGCUUGAGGAAACUGCAGCGCUGGUGUCUAACAUCAGUAUUCGACGAAUACCAGCGUUUUGCUGCUGCGAAAGCAAGAGUUUCUGAUCUAAGGUUUAUUGAGCUAUUUGACAUCUCAAGCUUAAAGCAUUUACCAGCGCCUUUCUCAUGUUGAGCAAGAAGCAUACAUGGACGGCCUCUGGGAGUCCAUAUCUAGUAACAUGACCGAUCAGAAAAAACUGUUAAUAUUACUUUUUAGUCUGUUUUGGGCUCCCAAAUUAUGAAGUUAACCAUGAGAAGUUUAACAUUGUAAAUAAUUUUU